AUGGAGAUUUCUAGACAACAGUUUAUACAAAAAUUACCUACAAUUGAAAAGGCCAUCAGUGAAUGUGACUUUUUAGCUGUAGACACAGAGUUAUCAGGUCUUCAUCGCCCACCUACCUCCAUUAGACUUUAUUCAAUGGAGGAUCGUUAUAAGGAAUAUAAAGAAGCUACUGAACGCUUUUUGAUCAUUCAAUUUGGUCUUUGUACCUUUACCUGGGAUGAACCUACAGGUCGUUAUAUCGCAAAGCCCUUCAAUUUUUACAUUUUUCCUACUAGUAUGACAGGUCAAGUCACUACAAAUCGACUCUUUAUGACACAAGCACAGGCAUUUGAUUUUUUGACAAAACAAUCAUUUGAUUUUAACAAAUGGGUCUAUCAGGGUAUACCUUAUUUAACUAUAGAAGAGGAAAAGGAAUUUGUAUCGGAGGCAAGUAAGAAAUUGAACGAGAAUAUACCCGAUAUUCCAAUCGAUGAACAGGAGCUCAAGUUUGUCGAAGAGGCUCGAGAAAAGAUUCAAGAAUGGAUAAAAACAUGGAAUGGUAAGCCAGUGGAGACAACAACAAAAACAGUUAAAGCAGAGGAUAUAGAUGGUGUAAAUAUUACAACGAAGAAUGCAUACCAAAGAAGACUUCUAUAUCAAGAAGUUCGAAAAUUUGAUGGCUUAACUGCAAUUGGCUUACAAGGCUUUAUUCGAGUCGUAAGACUUUCCAAAAAGCAACAAGAAGAUCGUUUAAAGGAAAAGAAGGAAAAGUUUGAAAAGGACUGUGAAAUAGCUAUUGGAUUUAGAAAAGUAAUCGAUAUGAUAUCUAAAUCUCGUAAGCUGGUUAUAGGUCAUAACAUGCUUCUAGAUAUCUGUCAUAUCAUUGGUCAAUUUGUUCAACCUUUACCUGACACCUUGUUAGAAUUUAAAACACUAGCUCACAAAUUAUUUCCAAAGAUGAUCGAUACUAAGUAUAUUUGUAUUUCAAUGCCUGAAUUCCAAUCUAUUUUUGGUACAGGGACAGCAUUAGAAACAGUGAGAUUUGAAACAAGCAAAAGUAUGUUCAAAAAUCCUCAUAUUGAUAUGCAUCCUGCUUUUCCUCGUUAUCUGACCGAUAUGGCACAUGAAGCCGGUUGCGAUGCUUAUAUGACAGGUUUUGUCUUUUUAAAACUUGUCUCCUUUCUUGAUAAAUCCCGUCAUCCAGACAAAUAUAGUCUUUUUGACAAAGAAGAAGAAAAUGAUACAAAAGAAGAAGAAGAAGGAAAGGAACGUAAAGUAGAUGCAGAUGGUUGGGAAAUAAGUGAAUCUGAAAAUGAAGAGGAUUCGGAAUGGGAUAAGCCUAUUGAAGAAGAGGUCUAUAACUAUGGCUCCAUUCGAGUCGAUCUAAAUAAUGAAAUUUUGUCGGAUAUAAUGAAUAAGACAGCACUCGUUCGUACUGCUUUUAGUUGUUUCGAUUUUGUCAGCCCUGAGCCCUUAGUGAAUCAAACAAAUACUUUUCAUGUCCUUGCCAAAACAACCACUCAACAUUUCCCUAAAGAACUUGCUCAUGAUUUUUUUUCUAGGUAUGGAAAAUAUAUUAUAGAAAAUGACUGUCAUAACCCUCAAGCUGCAUUUGUGGUCUUUGAAAAUUUAAAGGAAGAUCCCUUAAAAAUUGUAGGAGAUAAGUUUGUUAUUACUCCAAUAUCAGAAUAUCUUUUGAAUAAUAAAAAGUAA